UUCAAGGAACAACUGCUGUACAUGGCCGAACAUUUACGACCGUUCCAGCUACUUUAAGGCACAAUUUCAAACCCACGCACGGUUCCUGCUGUUGGUGCUUCGGAUGUCCAAGUACAGACUCUUUCUGCUGAGGCAUGGGGAGGGGGCCUGGAACAAAGAGAACCGUUUCUGCAGCUGGGUCGACCAGAAGCUGAGCGAGGAUGGGGUGAAGGAGGCCCAGGACUGUGGGAGACUCCUGAAGGAGCAGGGCUACAAGUUCGACUUGGUAUUCACCUCCAUACUGAGCCGCUCCAUCCAGACAGCAUGGCUGGUGCUGGAGGCCAUGGGUCAGGAGUGGGUCCCCGUGGUCAAGGCCUGGAGACUGAACGAGCGCCACUAUGGUGCUCUGAUUGGCCUGAACCGGGCCGAGAUGGCUCUGAAGCAUGGAGAGGAAAAGGUGAAGCUGUGGAGAAGGAGCUACGAUAUCACACCACCUCUGAUUGAUGAAUCGCACCCUUACUUCCUGGAAAUCUACAAUGACCGCAGAUACACCACUUGUGACGUGCCAAAGGAGAACCUUCCCCGAGCGGAGAGCCUGAAGGAGGUGUUGGACAGGCUGCUGCCAUACUGGGACAGCACUGUGGUGCCAGAGAUAAAGAAAGGCAGGACUGUGCUCAUUUCUGCUCAUGGAAACAGCUGCAGAGCUCUGCUGAAACACCUGGAAGGUAUAUCGGACAAGGAUAUUGCCAGUGUGACUUUACCUACAGGGAUACCUGUGAUGCUUGAGCUGGAUGAAAACCUCAAGCCCGUGAAACCUCGAGAGCUCUUGGGAGACCAGGUGAAGAUUCAGGCGGCAAUUAAAAAGGUGGAGGACCAGGGAAAAGCCAAACCGUCAACUUGAACGCACUUAACCGGCUGUAAGACUUAACAUAGUCCUGUUCUGGUUGCCUGUGCGCACUUUUAUUAGGUACAGGUACUGAAAGUUCUUGAAAAGAGUCAAAUACUUAUAAUAAUAAUAAUAAUAUAUGACAUCUUAAAAUAACAACAGCACAUUGUUAAUAAGAUUUGAAGGAAAGGUGUGAAGUUGCUGUAUGUGUACUAGUGGCCUGACCUGGAAACAGAAAGUGUGUCAUAGGUCAGGAGGAAGCAGGUGGAACUACUGUACUGUAAAUGUUUCAACGCUGUGUUGAGUUGUAUUAUGUGUAAACACUGGUUUUUAAGCUAACCGUUCCCACUUAUGCCUGUAUGGUUACCCUAAAUUGGAUAUUUAUUUAUUUACCUAUUGAUUGAAAAAUCUUGAAAUAUAUCAUAUUGAGAAAGAAGAGGAGAAAAACACUCCUUUCUAAAAGAUAACUUUUCUGUUACAUUGAUGAGCUUAAGGAAUAUUCCCUUUCAUUUAAACAUGUGCCUUCAGCAUUAACGUAACGCUCAAAUUCAGCUACUUUUUAAAAAAAGGUUAUUUUAAGGAGCAUCAAACGGCUCUUGUGGUGAUUUUAUUUGAGAAUAAAAGACUCCAUUAACAAAUCUUACCUCUUAGAAAUUGAUUGCCUGGGUGUUCAUUCCAAGUACGGGGUAAGAGUGAGCCCCAAAAAAAGCUGUAAAUAAGCAAAACCAUUGUCGACCAAAUAACAAACCAAAUAACAAAUCAACAAUCAACAUAGAAAGUCACGCAAUGGAUUAUGAAAAUGAUCAGAAGCUCUGAAUCACAGGAAACAAAGAAAAACAUGAGAAGAAGAAAUAAAAGAUCAAAGACUGGAAGCUGCAUCAAGUCUCACUGAGGGGUCCUUUAACACGGACAUUGAGAUCCCCUGCUGUUACAGUUAUUCAUAAUAUUAAAUAGCCUACUCAGUAAGAGUAAGCAUUACUGCUGGAGUUGUUUUACCAUAAGGUUUAAACAGCACAUUAACUUGAAAACACUGUGACAAUUUGGUGAUAACUGGUUAAUGCUUUGCACUUUUAAGGACCUUUUUUUUUUUUUUUUUUUAAUGAAUCACCUCCCUAAUUUAAUGCACUGUGAACGGUAAAUACCAUUACUAAAUUCAUACAUGUGCAAUUUUUAUUUUGCUUUUGUAAUGUUAAUAACGUGGGGAAAUGUUACAAACCAUUUUCGUGGGUCUGCACAUUAUGGUCUUAUACCAGCACUAUCGUACUUGGAAUCUUUUGUUACUACUGUGUGGCAUCGGCUACUUAACUGUCUGCUGUAUUGUGUCUCUUGUUUGUUGAUGUACAGAAUGUUCAUUUGUGUCUAUUUUGUACACUGGUUUGUUAGGUCAACAGGGGAGAAGAGAUUAAGAUGAUGCAUUUAUAGCUACUAAAAAAGCACUGAUAUAUUUGUAAUCUCCUGGAUUAUUUAAUGUCUUCCCUGCUGUUCACACCUUCCCAUACGAGA